AUGGCUCAUAGCUCCUUUUGCUUCAGGGAUCAAGAUUUGGGGAAGGGAAUACUUCUCAAAGUACCUACAGGGGCGUCUGACAUCGACUGCCAUGUUGAGCCUGUAUGUGCUGAAGAUAGGACACUGAUUCUGGAUGAGUUUUCCCGGACAGAUAAUGACAUGAUGGUCAGUGAUCUGUACAGGGUCGUUGGGAAUGGUUUCCCUCAGGUAAACAAUACACCAUACAAACUCCAGCUACCCCUGCACCUGCCAUCCACAAAGCUAGACAAAAGAGAUCUGUUGCAAUUCAUGGUCUUCAAAAAGUGGGAAGCGUGGACGUCUGAUGAAGCUAAUUAUGAGGAUGAUCUUGCAUGCUUUCAAGUAGAGAAUUUACACUACUUCGUGGUGUAUGCCAGGCAGCGUGGAGAGGUUAUCAAUAUCACACCAAGAGGAUACACAUUCGUUUCAAGCAAAGAUCAAAGGAUUCGAGUCGAAGUACCAGAUGGAGCCGUGGACACGGAAAUGACUAUUUCCAUCCAGAUUCAGCCGACCAGCAUGAACAGACUGGAAUGGUACAGAGCUUAUGACCCGGGCGUUUGUGAGGGAAUAUAUGCUCUAUCUGACAUACUAUCUGUACGAUAUGCAGUUGAUAGAGCUUUCAAUAAACCCGCGGAGGUGGAACUGCCAAUUGAAGAUACUGGAUCGGACGAGGUGGAGGUAAAAUGGUUGAAUGUCGAAAAUGGGGUUUACAGUGUGUCUUCGGGUGACCAUGGAAUAAGCAAUGGAUCUGUGAGAAUGUCACACGGCACUACCGGUACAAACAGUUGCCAAGCUACACUUGUACGCCCAGGGGUGAGCGAUGACAGAUUAAUAGAAUGUGCCAUGUUGCAGAGAAAUGAGCUCAGCAAAUGCAAGAUUUUAACAUUUCUAUCGAGAGCUGCAGGAAUUAACUGUAAGUGUAUUACUAUUGAAGUGGUGGAAUCCCCAAAUGCUGGAAGCAGGGUCAGGUAUAGACAGGAAAAAGGAUUCCACGAAAUCAAACAAAGCAGAUCGCCAGAUAUUGACGUUUUACGGGAUGAACGGAUCAGGAUAUCCUUUUCUGGUAAUAUACAACUGGUGGAUAAAAGAGAAAUGAAAAAUCUUACUUUUCAGUACACAUCAACAUCGGAAGAAAACUUUGUGGACAUGAGAAUAAAGAGAGUGGGUUUUAUGCGUAGGGUGUCAUAUGGCAUAGUGACAAUUAAGAUUGGGUCAGAUAAGUGGCAUGAGAUUCACUUUUAUGUAGAUUACCCAUUGGAUAAAACACUAAACCUCAAUAAACAGACUCAAAGCAAAGACAGAGAUCAUAUCAAGGAAGCUGCUAACAACUAUAUCAACCCUGGUAAUGCUCAAAUUCCAAACAAUCAAGUAGUACUGAAUGCCAGAUAUGAUAUUAAUUAUCCCACUGUACAGACAGACGCUGCAAGGGAAGCUACUGUAUGUGGUGGGCAUCUUAGUGACAUAACAACUAUAUACACUACAGCAGUCAGCACGCCACAUAUGAGUGCAUCAAUGCGGGGACAUACUGUUGGCUCUGUGAGAAAACAUUCUCUUAGUGAAGCGUCAACUAAACAACGGAAAAUCAGUCAUACGUUAUCUGUGACACCGAGUCCCGCUACGUGCAUUAAAAGCCAUGGUCAUUUAGCCAAAGAUUUUGACAGUCUGACAGCGUUCAAUGAUUCAACGUCUGGGAUUUUCACAGAGGAACUUACCAUCUCCCCUAUGUCCAACAACAGAGAAGAUGCUAGUGCCUGCACACCUCUGAAACAGAAACCUAACAGAAACGUACAGAAACGCAAUAUGGUAGGUACACCAACAUUACCUCUCCCUAAAAUUCUAAAUCCCAGGACAUCAGUCAAUGAGCAUCACCCAUUACAGCCAAAGGUAUUUUCACGAAACCACACAACUCUUACAAAAAGCAACAUGCCAGAAAGACAACUCCAUACACCACAUUUGGGAAGCAAUAUUCCGGGAGUGGCUGGUGAUAAAAUGCCUCGGAGAAUUCUAACAAGAGAUGAAACAAGCUUUUCAAUCAACCCUAGACAUGCCUUUGAAUUGCAAUGUUCGACCAAGGAUAAAAAUAGCUGUAGGAGGAAGUCGACACUCGCUGACACCCUCACAACGCCAGACACUGAACACAACCAUGGCAUCCAAAGAGGACACAAGAAACCUAGUGCCAAGUUACCUCCUAUAGCAGUCAAAGAACCAAGAGGACCUACCAAAGCCUCAUCCUUUGGAACUCUUGGCAAUCCACUCCUGAGUGAGAGCAGUCUGCUGGGACUUAGUCAUGCCCUCACGACUCCAGAAUGGCAACAGGUCAUGGUAGAUUUAGGAAUGGGAUCUGACAACAUUACAGUCAUUGUUGAAAGAGCAAUGAGAGAAAACUGGGACCCUCGCUUCAAGCUUUUAAUGGCAUGGUAUCAAAAACACUCGGGUAAAGCAAAUCUAAUGAGAAAUAUGGAGGAGUCAAUGAGACACAUUGGUCGGGUUGAUAUAGCAGAGAAGAUAAGACGUGCGCGUCGAGAUAGAAGACCAUUCAAAAAGGACACUUUUACUUCUCACUAACGCGUUGGGAUCUAAUUGAAACAACAUUUGUAUUGAAACAUACUCCGAAAUAGUACAUCAACAAGUGUCUUCAGUCGAGAUCUUCCUACAGCUUUGCAUCAUAUGGCAUUAAAGCCGGAACUCUCUGAGUAAUGAUAGCAUUACUAAGUGAUUGCAAGAAUUGGUAUGUAGUUACCAUACGUGAAUGUAAGACUUCUACUACAGAUAGGCUUUUUCAAAGCUCUUAGGACUGAAACUGGUUCACUGUAAUCAAAUCUGAACUUGAGACAAAAGGAAAAGUGAAAUUCCAUUUUCAUUCUUGAAGAAAUAUUAGACAUGACCCUUUCAAUUUCUUCAAAACUGAAUAUAUGCUAACCUUUUAGCUUAUGUACGUCAUGCGUCCAGAUCCUGCGAGAAUCGCAUUGGUGGUAACAAUAUUUUCGAAAUUAUAUUUUGUGGAUGGAAGUUGUCCGCGUUGCGAAAGAAAAACAAAGUCUACAUAUUAUUUUUACUGAUAAAGUGUCACAAAGCAACGUCUUUGAUAUCAAUUACCUUUCACAUUUAUUUGUAUGACUUCAUUUCUUGGGAAUCUGAUAAGCAAUCUUUACGUGCAAGCCAUGGCGUUUUCAGGGGUUUAACAGGGAAGUUUAUGACACAUGUUGUUUCUAAAAUCAUUCAAACGAGGUGAAUUUUGAAAUAAGUGACAAAUCCGGUUUCCUUCUUCAAAGGAGGUAAAGCGGGUGCAUGUGUAUCGGCAACAGACAAGAAGUCGACAGAUUCGAUGGAGAAAGUGUCAUGAUGUGGGGAACCGUCUUUCAUGGACUAGUAACAGAUCUUGUUCAUGUCUACGGCAACAGAGCAAGUGUGCGUCACGUUGUCCCGACUCUGCAAGCACCAGGUGCAACUUGUCGCAGGCGCACCAGGCGCAGCUUGAUAAUUCCCGUCCCCACACAGUUUCAAGAGGGCUUAGAACAAUAAUGUACUACCGUGGUAGUCAAGCUAACAAGAUCUUAACCCAAUUGAGCAUCUGUGGGAUGAGCUUGACAGACGUUUACGUCAACGUCAACCAGGACCACAGAAUUUGCGGCAUUACGCCAAGCUGUGCUGGAAGGAUAGGGGCGGUGGCGUAGCCUAGCGGUUUAAGCGUGAAUAUUGCUAAAAGUGGCGUAAAACCAUACUCACUCACUCACUGUGGAAGAACAGACUGUCAUUCCACAGGUUUCUUGGUUCCAUGGUCAGGCAUCUUCCCGAGGCAAGAGAGUUAACUGACUAUACAGUUUCCACCCAUGACGAACUAGGCUGGUAUAAUGGAGUUACAUUUUAGCUGGACUAACGAGUCUAUGCAUAAUCCAAUUAAA